UCAAAUCCCUCAGUAAUCACGAAAUGAGUCUCCAUGUGUUUUAUAUUCUGUUCUUAAAGAAAUCACGUGAGAAAUAAAGGAGAAACCGGCACCUCCAGCGGGAAGGCUUUCUUCACGAAAACUUUCCCCGGUCGGGAAACCCAGGCAUCCACGGGGAGCAUCGCGUUUCGUCCGGGAGUCAGUGUGGUCCCGACCGCGAAGGCGAGUGGGUGUUCGCUCUGUCCCUGCCGUGGAACAUCGGAAAAUCGUUUCGCCUUCAUUGACAAGGACAGGCGCAAUGAGGUCAAAGACGUCCGCCGGCUUCUUGCUGGUGUUAGCCUUGGUGUCUCUGGCGCAGGUCUCCCACGGCCAAGGAGCAGCCUGUCCCCACGAGUGCAUCAAGCUGCAGGACUGUCCCUCUUUGGCACAGCUGCUGACGGACCCGAGUGCCAGUGACAUUAAGGCUCUGCAGGAGGCCACUUGCACCGUCGGGAGUUCGGGGUUAGAGCCCUUGGUAUGCUGUGAUGACGCUGGAUCGACCCGGCCGCGACCUGCCCCUCAGACCCAGCCCCUGACCUCGCCUGACCCCGCCCCUGUCGCCCGCCAAGCGACGUGUGGAGCAACAUUCCCGCUGGCCAUCGUGGGCGGCGGAGACCCGGCUGCCUUCGAGGACGAGGUCUGGAUGGCGCUGCUGGGGUACAAAGAUUCCUCGAGCGACGCCGUCCAGUUCCUGUGCGCGGGGUCGCUCAUCGGCGAGAGCCACGUGGUCACGGCGGCCCACUGCGUCAACCCGGCCUUGCUCCAGCCCAAGCAGUUCCAGCUGGAAGUGAUCCGCGUCGGCGAAAAGGAUUUGCUCUCAGACACCAACUGCAACGAAAGCCCGAGGCCGAGGUGCAUCCCCCCCUCCCAGGACUUCGUUCCCGAGGACAUCAUUCAGCACCCGAGUUACGACAGCAACACAUUCGCCAAUGACAUCGCCAUCAUUCGACUGAGAACGCCGAUCGACUUCUCUGCCUUUGAGGGGUACGCCGGCCCCGCCUGCCUCCCGCCCACAAGUGCAUCGGCGGACCAGCUGGCGAAUCCGCUUAGCUUGUUUGCCGUGGACUGGGGACUUACACGCACGCCCACGCAGUUUUUGAGACGAUAUGCAGUAGAUCUCGUCGACACUAAAGAGUGCAAUACGACACAUAAUGACCGAUUAACUGCCGGCCAGAUUUGCGUUCGCCCAGAAAGCAGAGAGGCCUGUAGUGGUGACGGGGGCUCUCCUCUGACGAGUCCGAGCAACGGCUUGUAUCAGCUGCUCGGCGUCCAGUCCAUCGGCGUUGGCUGCGACCUCCCGGAUAUCCCCAUUGUUUACACUUCGGUCAGCUACCACAGAGACUGGAUCGAAGAGAUUAUUAGAUCGUAGUAAAGUGGGCGGUUUGUGCGAGAGAAACUUUAAGAGAGUUGAAGAGGUUGAGUUAUUAUUAAAGUUUUACAUUUA